UCUUCAAAAAAAAAAAAAAAGAAAAGAAAAGAAAUUGCAUAUUUAUAUUUCAGACAUUAAUAAAAAGAUUUGUUAGUUUUCCUUACUUGACCAAAUAAAUAAAAGAAGACUUAGCAGUUGUUUGUGCAUAUCUUUAAAGCCUCUUUAUAGGUUUCUUCUUUUCGACCGUAAAGACCGUGUAAUGUCGAAUACUUGUCGGGCUUUAUUCGAGGACGAAAAAAAGACUGAAGCUAGAAGAUUCACGAAGCAUUCGUAUCCGUAUACGCAAGUAACUAUCUGUGGGAACUGAGCCAGGAGUGCAAGAUCUUAAGUUCUUGGCAAAAUCAAGUGAUUCGAUCUGGUCGACACAAACUCGCUUGCUACGUCAAAGUCGUUUAUUAUACAACAACUUUCAACGAGAGAAAGAGAGAGAAAGAGAGAAAGAGAGAGAGAGAGAGAGAGAGAGAGAAAAAGAGAGAGAUAUAUGUAUGUCACUGCAAUGAAGAUAACAAAUUUACCAAAAGCGUGCUACUUCGUAGAACUCGGAGAAAAAUAAAUUAUUGAAAAAUUACUUUCUACAAAAGACCGGUGGAAUUUAAAGGAAACCGAUGACGUCACGAUUGACUGUCCAAGUUCGUUAAUAGCUCGGCAGAUAGCGCGAUGAUCAAGCGGAGCGUGCGCACCAUCACAAAUCCGCGCCAAAAGUUCAACAGUGGAUUUAAUGAGCAAAUUGGUGAAAGUAGAGAUUCAUUACACCGGUGAUCAGAAUACGUGGUUCGCUGUUGGUUUUUCGAAUUAUGGGGAAUUCAAACUCGCUGAUUAUUGUAUAUUAUGGACCGAUUGGCAUCAACAAACACAAUUACAGGAUGCUUGGUCCGACGUAGAAGGAAAAUUAAUUCUCGAUAAGCAACAAAAUUGUGAAAAUUUCGCAUGGAAAAGAAGAAAUAAUCUGAUCAAAUUUACAUUUACAAGAAAAUUUGAUACUUGCGAUGAAUACGAUUACAUUAUUGAGAGAGGCACCACCCAUAUCGUAUGGCUAAAGGGUCGUGGCCCAUUAACUUCCUUAGCAGGAUUGAAAGUAAUUGAUUCUAAAACUUCUGGCAUGGCUAGAACAGAAUUGCUUAGAAUUACUCACAAAAAACCUAAAUUCCCAUCGAACGCCUGGCAAUUCGAUGUUAAUGUAAAAGGUGUUAAAGUACCUAACAAUGAGACAACAUAUUGGUGCCGUGUAUUCAAAUUACCAUCCCCUUUAAAACAAAAGCAUCAUAUUUUACAAUUUGGUCCAGUAAUUCAAACGGGUAAUGAACAUUUAGUUCAUCACAUUGAGGUCUUUCAUUGUGCUGGCCCAGUUGAUUUAGAAGUACCGAUAUACGAAGGACCCUGCGAUAGUAUUGAUCGACCGGAAAAAACUCAGAUAUGUAAGAAGGUACUGGCAGCUUGGGCUAUGGGAGCAGAUGCCUUUGUAUAUCCAGAAGAAGCUGGUUUGCCUAUCGGUGGUAAAGAUUUUAAUCAACACAUCAUGUUAGAAGUUCAUUAUAAUAAUCCUGAACUUCAAGCUGGUAAAAUAGAUUCCUCGGGAAUUCGUUUUAUUUUCACGAAAAGUUUGAGAAAGUACGAUGCCGGGGUGAUCGAAUUGGGAUUGGAAUAUACAGAUAAAAUGGCUAUACCACCCCAACAGGAAUCAUUCGUUUUAUCCGGCCAUUGUAUAACAGAAUGUACAGGAGUUGGUUUACCCCAAAGUGGAAUAUAUGUAUUUGGUUCUCAAUUACAUACACAUUUAACUGGCACCAAAGUAUUAACUCGUCAUUUUAGAGACGGUAAAGAAUUACCUCUUUUGAAUUAUGAUAAUCAUUAUUCAACACAUUUCCAAGAAAUCAGAUUACUUCCUAAACCCGUUACGAUUCUACCCGGUGAUUCUUUGAUAACAACCUGUACGUAUAAUACUAUGCAAAGGGAUAAUAUUACAUUGGGUGGUUUUGCUAUAUCAGAUGAAAUGUGCGUUAAUUAUAUACAUUAUUAUCCUAAUACACGUUUAGAGGUAUGUAAAAGUGCUAUUAGCGAUGACGCACUGAGAACAUAUUUUCGUUAUAUGAGAGAAUGGGAAAAUCAAAAUACGAGUAUAGAAAAGGGAAUAUCAGAUAAUUAUAAAAGCAUCGAAUGGACCAAAGUUCGCGUUGAAGCUCUUCAUGAUGUUUACCAGGCUGCUCCUUUAGGAAUGCAAUGCAAUGGAUCUGAUGGGUCUCGAUUACCUGGUCUGUGGGAUAACAUAGCCACAACUCCUAUCAGAUUACCUUUACCACCACCUGCUAGAGAUUGCUUUGAUUUCUCAUUUAGAACAGAUGUUAUGGAUUCAAUGUAAUCUAUGUUAACUUAGGUGUAGUAUUCCUCUUUUAAUAGUAAUAAUAAAUUAUUUCAAUUUGAUGUGAGAGAAAAUAAAUCAAAUAUCUAAUAAAGUAAGUAAAAAAAAAAAAAAACAAAAAAAUAAUAAUAAUAAUAAAAAUCAAAAAAAAAAAAUCACAAAAUUCUAUAAUACACAAUUAUUCAUCGUUAAUGAAGUAGAAUAUACUACUACUUUUUUUUUCUCUCUUCUUCAAUUUUGAUGUCAUAUUAUAUACUUUAUAAUUUAUAUGAUUUAAUAUAAUAAAACAAUUCAUUUAAACAAAUAAAUGAAAUAUUUAAUUCAAAAAUAGUCAUUAUAAAUUAUUCUACUAUUCAUUGUAAAUGAAGGACAAUAUAUUCUUUUUUCUUUCUUUCUUUUUUUUUUUGUUUUUAACAUAAAUUGAAUAUCCUUUUACCAUACCACAUUUUUUAAUUUUUUUUUUCUUUUUUAUUUUUGAAAUAAAAAUGCAUUGGUUUAUUUAAUUCGUCUAUUUACAUUUCGAACAGAAACUUAUAUUAUCUAAAAGAUCAUUAAAUAUAUCCAACAAACAAAUGACUGCAAAUAAACUAGAACGUUUGAUGAUAAACGAACUACAAAUUUUUAUUCUCGUAAUAUAAUAGCUGAAUAUUUCUUUAUAUAUCGUAGAAAAGAAAAGAAGAGAAAAAAAAAACAAUUAAUAAAAAAAAAAAAAAAAAAAAAAAAAAAAUUCAAUAUACAAAACUGCUGUAUCUUUAUUCUUUAUUUUCAUUUCUUCAGUAAACUUUGAUAAAUGAGGAUGUGUAUACGAGUAGUACAAGCAUUCGUGUGAAAUAAAUUCUUUGAUCUAAAUACAAAAGGGUUCGUCUCUCUUGAAUCUAUUUAAUAAUAAUAAAAAUGAAUAAUAAUUAUAUCGAUAGAAAAGUUUCUAGAUUUCCAUAAGUUUAUAAGCAUUUGUUUAAUUUUUUCUUAAUAUUUCUUAUCUCUUUCUUUCUUCUUUUUUUUUUUUUUUGGCAGUACAUCGUCAAUGCUAGCUUGAUCGAACUUUAUAGCAAAUACUGUGUUCGUCGGAAUCAUUUAUCAUUUACCAUAGAAUAAUAACAUAAUAAUAACAUAAUAAUAAUAAUAAUAUUAUUAAUAAUAAUAAUAAUAAUAAUAAUAAUAAUAAUAAUAAUAAUAAUAAUAAUAAUAAUAAUAAUAAUAAUAAUAGCAGAAACUCGUCUUUACAUUUCAUAUGAAUGUACAAAAAAGGACUUAGCCUUAGGCUACAAUAUAAAAAUUAAAAGUAUCCUGUAUUUACUAUAUAAUACAUUGGGCGCGGGUUAUGCAUACAUACGUACAUUACUCACAUACACACACACAUACACACACACAUAUACACAAACACACAUACACGCACAUACAUAUUUCAUACAUACGAUAGUUGCCACCGUAUACAAGCAUAAACGUCCAUUUACGAAAGUAUCUUCAUUUUUUUAGUAUCUUUUUUUCUUCCUGUAUUUUUAUUUGACUUUUUUGUUUUCGUUUCGUUUAUUCGCUCUUAUAACGAAUAUCUCUUUUUUUUUGUUUCCUUUUAAUUUAUUUUCUUCUUAUUGAAUUCUAGGAAAACUUGUCAUUCUUGUCAAUAAAAAUUUUGUCGAUACAACAUUUUGUUCAAUAGAAUAACUCAUAAAGAUACUUUAGCAUUCCUAGCAAUCUGUUGGUAUUUGUCAGAUAUUUAUUUGUACUGCCAAAUGCAUCGCUUUAUUUAUUUAUUUAUUUAUUUAUUUAUUUUUCUUUCUAUCUGUCUGUCUUUCCUUCUUCCUUUUCAUUCCCUCUCUUAACUAUUAUCGGAAUCUUUCUCUUUGGCAUCGCAUUAAACUGCAUUUAGACUUUAAACGAUAUUAUACGUACAGAUCGUUACAUAUUAUAAACAAAUUAUAUAUUAUAAACAAAACAUAUGUGUUACAAUAAAAUAACAUAGAAGUUUUCUUGAUCCAUACGGUCACAUAUAUAUAUAUAUAUAUAUACAUAUACAUAUAUAUAUUAUUUAUAAACAUAUAUAUAUAUAUAUAUAUAUAUGCAUAGAGAGAGAAAAAGAAAAAAAUAAUAAUUGAUAACGUAAAAUAAAAGAAGUAUUUGUCAAAUUAAUUUUUAUGAAGUAUAACGAAUGCCUGAAACAUUUGAUGCAUCAAACUAAAAACUAUUAUUAUUAAUUACACACGAUUUGACAUCUUUAUAUUACAAUGUUCUCCCUCCGAUAUAUAUGUUGCAACACAAUGUUUGAUACGUGUCAAGUCUAAGUUAAUCGAUAAGUACUAUAGAAUGAUAGCAAUAGCUCUCUUUAGAGUUCGGCAGUACAGUUAUAAAAUAAUAUGCUCAAUGUAUGCAAAUAAGUCCAAUAACAAUUGAAUUUAUGAAAGAAUUUUUUGUUGAACUUUAUAAUGAAUAAUUUAUUCACUGUCAAAAUAUAGAAGAGAUUAUCUCUGACGUGUCUGUUUUUUUUUUUCUCUUUUCUUUUUUUUUUUGUCUUAUUUUUUCUUUUUUCCUUUCUUUUAAAUUAGAAUGCGAUUCCUUUGAGAAAGUUCAGCAUUGAGCUCAAAAAUAAAAAUGAAUAAUUAAAUGCAUUUAAUAUAAAUUGUAUAUAUAUAUAUAUAUAUAUAUAUAUAUAUAUAUAUUAUAUUUAUAUGAAUAUAUAUAUAUGUGUGUAUAUGUAGAGGAACAUAGGUUCCUGAAGGUUCACGUCUGCUGCAAAAAAAACGUCUUAGGAACGUGAAGUGAGUUUUUGAGUAUACUGAUUGAGUUAUUGAGUACACUGUGUGGACAUUAUUAUUGCAUAAAUAUAAAGAGAACUGUGUAUAAGAAAAUUUAGAUUAUCUGCUAGGAACACACGAUGUUUUACGAAAACGUUAUGUCCUUAAUUUCUAAAAGCGCACACACGGAUGAUGCAUUUGACCAGACUUCUUUGCAUCUCUCUCGCAGGAAAUUUCGUUUGAAAUGGAUAGAAUUCAAUCGCGUGGACGAUCGUCACUGGAACCUCAUAUGUUUGAAUACAAUGUCAAGUAAAAAAUAUAUUAUGGACUUUUUUCUUUUCUUCUUCUUUUUUUUUUCUUUCUUUUUUUUCUUUUUUCUUUUUUUUUCUUUUUUUUCUUUUUUUUUUUUUUUGAAGUAAAAACAUAUCAAUGCUUUCUUUUUUUUUCAACUCCGAUAAUGUCCACUCUGUUAACAAUACUUGUAUGGGUUUACGGUGGAAGCACGUACACAUACAUAUAUAUGUGUGUGUAUAUACAUAUACAUAUAUAUAUAUAUAUAUAUAUAUAUAUAUAUAUAUAUAUAUACACAUACAUA